GGUUGGAGUCGACGGAAAGAAGAAUGCCAGCCGCACGACACUUUCAUUAACAGUAGCCAUCUCCAUCGAGAACGCCGCAGGAUUCACUCCUCAACACCAAUAUCUUCCCCCAAAGUAAAUUCUUCCUCGCAGGUUUGGAUGAACCAAAGAGAGGAAGAAGAUGAUGAGCUCUGCCACACGCGGCUUAAUGUCGCCGUUAAUUAAUCCGUCUCUUUGCUCUGACCAAACAAAGCCUUUUUGUCAUCGUCACCUAUAGGCGGUGCCGACCUCUGUAGCAGGUUCCUUUAUUUGCGGUGCCCCCCCCCAACUCCCAGGCUUCCUUCCCAUCGAUGGGAAGAAGAAGACAACAAACAAGAGAAAGCAAUCCAACUGGCUGGCUACCACGCGUGACGACGGCCUCAGAGAGUUUCACACUGCCUUCACGUUUUUGCUGCGGUCUACCGGUUCAGACGGUGGCCAACCUACUACAUCUUUCAUGUGCAGGAAAAAGGAGGACACCUCGGGCUAUCAAGUCAAGCUGGAGACGUGACCAAGAAAAUAGAGAGUUGAUGGUGACAAAACAAUUUCCAUUAAACAAUGCCACACUUUUCUCUCUCUCUCCCUUUCUUUCUUUUCUAUAUAAAUAUAAAUAUAAAUGGGGACAUGGAAAAGGAAGCAGCAAAAGUUGCAGCACAUCAUCAUCAUCAUCAUCACAUGUGAAAAAUGCAGGUUGGAAGGAACUUGGGGUGGUAAUAUGACCAGCAUGACACGUUUGCUGGUCAUAUUACCCUAAGCUUCGUGGACGGGGAAACAGCGGUUCACCCCAAAAAGCUCGUAGUCAAGUGUGGGAGAGUUUCUUGUUGUCGACACAGAUAGAUACUACCCAAAGUUUGCAUUAUGUCAUGGAUGUCGUAAGGUGGGAAAGAACAGGGCGUACCUUUCUCAGACCAGAAUUUUGUUCUGCUUUUUGGAGAAAUAAAACAUGUUUGACUGGAACAAGUCAGAAGAGCCCAACCUACAUAUAGAAGCUAUCGGAUGAAUUGCAGUUCCGAUUUCUUGUGUUGGAUCGGAGCAGGUGGUAGUAAUCAUUCUGCACCAGCUCAAAGAAAGAGAGACGAAGAAGAAGAAGAGGUCAGAGCUUCAGAGAUGGCAUGCCUGGUAAGGAGAGGGGUGAGACAGUACAACAAAUCAGAAACACCGCGUAUUCGGUGGACGGAGGAGCUUCAUGGCCGCUUCGUUGAUGCUGUCCAUGUGCUUGGAGGACGGAACAAAGCAACUCCAAAGCAGAUUUUACAGCUGAUGGGUGUGAAGGGUCUGACCAUAUCUCACGUCAAAAGCCACCUGCAGAUGUACAGAAUCACGAGCAGCUCAGCCAAACUUGCAGAUGAUCUGAAAAGGCCAAGGAGACCACGGCAUGAUUCAUCAGGUCUUCCCGAAGAUCCACACCGGAGCUCCGCAUUCAUCUGCGAGUACAUGUUCCAAAUGCCGUCGGUGGAAGAGUUGCUGAGAGAGUGGGUCUCGAGGAAGAGCAACAUUCAUCCAGAUCCGGUGUCGGACCAGAAUCACAAGAACAAAAACGAAUCUUUAAUGCAGAUGGAAGAAGAGAUGGACGACUGCGAGCUGACUCUCUCAUCGGUCAACCAUCACAAGUCAACAGAGACUGAUUCGGGUUCGAGUAUACACUCCUCGGAUGCAAGUGAAGUUGCAGUUCCGAGGAGCACCAAUUCGGGUGACGGCUCCACCGGCUGUCGAGACUCGGCUGCCAACCACCUCCUCAACUUGGAGCUGACCAUCGCAUCUCCUGGUGGUUCCCGUCAACUGGUUUUAUAGCUGUAGAAGGAGAAGAAGAAUUGAAGGGCAAACAUACUCGAUCUUGGUUUCA